CGGACCCCGACGCUCGAUUGCACACUCGCGUGUAUCACACAGAGUCUCAACCGACCUGCAGCCGUAAAUAGUGAUCGUGUAAACAUUGGACCUACUGAAACACGGAUCCCGCGUGACAGUGGCUCGGAGCCGUCCAUCCUCGAGCCACCGUACCGUGCGUGCGAGCACUCGCGACCACCUCGCAGCCGCCUGCGCUUAGGUAGAUACCGACCCAACUUCGGUUGAAGGCCUUAACGUGACCGCGACGAGGUGCUAACAUAAAGACCCUACAGAGUCACGUACUACAAGCAGCUGACUUCUGUGUUAUUUUUUAUCACUUCCCAUUCACCUUCGACGCAAAUCUUAUCUGUAAAAGCCAAGAAGUACUUUUAUUCUCAUAUCGUUUUUCUAUAUAUUUACAGUAAGUAAAUAUAUCACGAGAUAUUUGAAUGGAUCUAUUAUGUAUUUUCAAGUAAUCGAACAAUGAAAACGAGAGAUCGUCGGUUGAAGUACGAUUCUCGGGGAGCAAAACAGGAGGUCAAAGGGACUAAGCAUGAAGUGCGGGGAUCAAAACAAGCUAAUUAUGGAGUGAAUGCAGAGAAGCGUGGAAAGAGGCCGGAUGUUCAAGGGGAGAAACGUUCAGCGAACACAGAAGACUCAGCAGCUCGGAGUCGUCCCAAGCGGUCAGGGGUGGUUGCUGUCAAAUUGCACCUGCAGGCCACUGGGGGCACGGGCAGGACAUCCCGCUCAGCUACCUCGGUUCGAAAAACAAGCAUCCGAAUGACUGCUAUCAAAGAAUAUCCAUUCGACCUGAGCGAUCUACAGAAUCAAGAGGCUAACCCGCCCCCGCCGCUGUCCGAGCCCCCGAAACAGCAGCCAACCCUACUGCCUCUACGGCCAUCCCUCGUGACUAGCCCAUACACUUCGAACCCGGACAACAAGAGAAAAGUCUCAAUUAUGGCUGACGAAAACAGCAAAGACAGAGAAAAUGCACCGUCCGAAAGGAAUGGCCGCGUGUCAAGUCAAGCGGAGGGGCCUUCGCGGCGAAAAAGCAACCUCCACAAUGCUAUGGCAGGAGACAUGGAUACAUCUUGGGAUCGACCAACGCACAUCGAAGGAAGAUACAAGAAAUAUUCAACGACAUCCUCUAUUUAUUCCAAAAAAGCAUUAUCCCAGCAAAGUGAACACAUAGAAAGGUCGUGGUGGUACGCUUGUUGUGCAAAGUGCCAUCAAGAAGACUCCGGCAUUCCCUCGUGGGAACCUCCUCAUUGGCAGAAGAUAUGUCCAUAUCCGCUAUGUCCAUCUUACCGGCAGUUCGCGCAGACCUUAUCAGUAUUCAUCAUUGGCAUAUUGGUGUGGGCGGGUGUAUGGAUCAUCAUGGGCGACACCGCGGCGCCCGGCGGGCAGCUGUUCACGCUGACCGCGCUCACCAUCGCGGCCUACUUCGGCGGGUGGCUGAUGGUCAAGAUAACCACGCUCCCGGCCCUCAUAGGAAUGCUCAUCGUAGGAAUUAUUUUGAAAAAUGUUGGUUUCGUCCACUUUGAUGCAGAAUACCAAAAAGUCUGCUCGUAUAUAAGGAAAAUAGCUUUAACGAUAAUUUUGACACGAGCUGGCCUGGAUCUGGACCCCGUCGCCAUGAAAAAGUUCUUCUUUACUGUAAUUAAACUAGCUUUGAUACCGUGGACCUUCGAGUGUGUUCUGUGCGCAGUGCUGGUGCACUUCUUGCUGGGGCUACCUUGGGAUUGGGCAUUCCUUUUAGGAUCGAUAAUAGCCGCCGUGUCUCCCGCCGUGAUUGUGCCUUGCCUAUUCCGACUCAGAAACAAAGGCUACGGUGUAUCUAAGGGCAUACCGACUUUGGUCCUCGCCGUGUCCGGAGUCGAUGACGCUGCCAGUGUAGCCGUGUUCGGAAUUGUCUCCUCCAUCAUGUUCUCUAGUUCCUCCAUGACUAUGAAUAUUAUCCAAGGUCCUUUGAGUAUAAUUGUUGGAAUCGUGUUCGGUGGAGCUUGCGGCUACUUGGUGAAGGUAGUGCCAGAAAAGAACGACGCCUUUGUCGUGCCUCUUCGAGUGCUGAUGUUGCUGGCGGGCGGGGUAGUCUCGGUGAUUGGUUCGGAAGAAAUCGGAUGGGGUGGCGCUGGUCCCCUAGCGGUAAUCGCAUUUGCUUUCUUCGCUGGUAAGAACUGGUCGGAGCAGGGCUGGGAGAUGGAAGACAACCCUGUAGCGACCGCCUUCGAAAUAUUCUGGAUGUUCUUCGAGCCCAUGCUGUUCUCCGUUACUGGCGCUCAAGUUGUGAUCGCAGAGCUAGAACUAGACUUGGUGUUGGUCGGUGGAGGGAUUUUGGCUGGAUGCAUGAUUCUUCGCGCCAUACUUACUAGCACCUGCGCUGUGAGAAGUAACCUCAACAUGAAAGAAAAAAUAUUCGUCGGUCUCUCUUGGAUGGCCAAAGCUACCGUCCAGGCUGCGCUGGGACCAGUUGCUAUGGACUCUGUAAAGAAGAUGGCUGAACUCGCGGGUACAUCCAUAGAUCCCAAGUUGGAGAGAUACGCGGACAUCGUCCUUAAUAUCUGCAUUCUGUCGAUUGUGAUCACCGCUCCUCUCGGGGCGAUCGUCAUCACACUUACUGGCCCUCGACUACUCACCAAGACCACUAAACCGCCUGUAUUAGAAGGCUGGCGUCGAUCGCAUCGUCCGUCGAUCCGUGACAUUUCCAUCAUCGACGAAGAAGAAGUGGCGGAGCGCGACGCGGAGGCGGACGCGCCGGAGUCGCCGGAGUCGCCGGCGCUCGCGCGCGCGCCCGCGCCCGCGGCCGCCAGCUCCCCCGCGCCCGCGCCCAUCACCGUGCAGCCCAAUAACCGAACAUGACCGGUCGACUCACUCUCUUAGCUACUAGAACAUACCUACCUACUUUUUCGAACGAUCGAUAUCUGAGGUCAUAUUAUAUUAGUGAUGAAAUGUAUGAUGGAUUGUUUGCAGUCUUUACCAUCCCGACUCUUGCGGUGGCCGGUUUCACCGUCGGCAGAGUCUGGUAAGGACUGAAAGCACUCGCAGCAUGGUGAUAUAUUUACGAAACAUAUUUUUGAAAUUUACACGAUAUAUGAUCAUAUGAUCAAGUAGACUUCGUUACUUGUAAAGAAAACAAAAAUUCAUGUUGUAAAUUUUACUCCUCAAGGUAACUAUAAGUAUAUUGUAAAACAUCGAGAUAUUAAUUGCAAUUAUUUUUUAAUUUAUCAUACGACCUCACACAUACUAUACGUGUAUUUAAAAGUGUGUUUAUCUUUAUUUUUGUGACAAAAUAUAGAUACUUAUUUAUUUAAGAAAUUGAUAGUUCAAUGUAAGCCUCGCUUUUAACAUCAAGUAGAUAGGUACUGUAAUUAUCUAUUUAUUUUGUUUAAAAAUUAUAAGUAGUUAAAAUAUUACCUAUUUAUUAUUACAUAGUUUCAAGUAUACAUAGGUACACCAUUAAAAAUGCCUGUCUGCAUAGGUGCCAAUGAAAAAGUAUUUUCACAGUAUUCAUAACUGUAUUGUAGAUGAACUAGUAACGUAGAAAUACUAUUUGAAUAUGUACAAAGUACGGUUUAAGUGUAGAAAUAUUUCAUCACGCUCUUAAAACAUGUAAUGAAAUUAGUAAGUAUUAAAAUAUGAUUUGAGAUAUGCCUUCAAAAACCGACUUGUAAAUAAAAAAUCAUUAAAGUCAUAAUUAUUUUGAUGCAUUUUGUACCACGUGUAGGAGGUACUCCUUUAAUUAUAGUGAUAUAGAAAAUGUAUGGUAAUACCAAUUAAAAAUUGUUAUGGGACCAUAUUGUACUUAUUUAUAUAAUGCGUAUUAUUCGAUUUUGUAGGUAAAUAUUAUAUGAAAUGUUACUUACGGAAACAUUACAGUGAUAAUAACUAAUUAGAAUUAUAUUUAUGGAAAAAG